AUGGUCGACUGGUUGUUUGGAAUCAACAAGAUGUAUGGACGUCGAAGAGAUGGUUGUGAUAUUCCUACACAUUCUUGCACACUAUGUCAAGAAUCGAGUGGUACGCAUAAACUUUUCGAGAUAUUUCAACAUAGUUCUUAUGGCAGUCUUACAACUUCACACUGUUUUGUUAAAAAAACCAGAACCGAUCACAAAUACAUGCACCAAUGGAAGAUGGAAGUGGUUUCAGGUGCGUUAGAUGGCACAUACAUUAAAGUGAAUGUUAGUGUCGUCAAUCGACCUCGAUAUCGGACGAGAAAGGGAGAGAUUGCCACAAACGUUCUUGCGGAGUGUGAUCAAAAUGGGGAGUUCAUCUUUGUUUUGCCAGGAUGGGAAGGGUCUGCAGCCGAUUCAAGGGUUCUUAGGGUUGCGGUUUCGCGACCGUACAAAUUGAGGGUUCCAAAAGAGGGGAACGAUACCAUCUAUCCGAUUGGUGUGGAGCAGAAAACGCACCGACAACUGCAAGAGAAUUUUUCAAACAUGAAACAUUCUUCAGCAAGGAACGUUAUCGAGCGAGCGUUUGGGUUGCUAAAGGGGCGGUGGGCUAUUCUUAGGGGAAAAUCAUUCUACCCAAUACAAGUCCAAUGUCGAACAAUAUCUGCAUGUUGCCUUAUUCACAACUUGAUCAUAAGGGAGAUGGGAAUCGAUGCAAUAUUUGAUAUGCCCGAUGAGGAGAAUUCUGCAUCAGUUGGUCUUGAUGGGGAUCAUAUUGAAUUUGUUGAAUCAUCGAAGGAAUGGACCAAGUUUAGGGAUGACUUAGCGGUCGAAAUGUUUACUCAAUGGCAAAGAGCCUGA